CUGUCCCGGAGCCUCAGACUGGAAUUAUCCGGGAGAGAGGACACACCAUGCGGGCAGCGAGGCUCCAGCCGGCCGCGGUGCUGCUUCUGUUCGCCGCAGUGUGCGGGUCGCGGGCGGAGGUGAUCGAUGACGUCCUGAGCAGCCUCUCCAGAGGAGCAUCCUUCCUGGAGCGGCAGCAUGAACACAUCAACCUGGACGGAGUGGUCGGGUUCCUCAUGCUGCAGGCUGAGCUGAAGGAAGCUGUUCGGACAUGGCCUCACACUGACCUGGUCAGCUGGGGUCAGAGAACCUCCACCGUAGCACUGGUCAAACGUCUCGACCGAAGCUUUGAAAAAGCUGUCGCUGCCCUGCAGCAGAACGACCCCAAGUACUACAGAGAGUUUGAGCCCUUGCUGUCGUGGAGUUUCUGGUUGAUUCCUCAGGAGUGGAGCUCCACAGAUCCCAGCCUGGUCUAUCCCUCCACCAUGACCACUGAGUGUUAUGAUGAGCAGCUCAGUGACAAAUGUCUGACCCUGCUGCUGGGAACCUGGAAGAUGAACGGGACGCCAUGUAUCGUCACCAAGCCGUGUCGGGACACCAUGACUCAUUUUGGUUGUCCGCAUUACUCCCUGUCCCACCAGCUGCUCUACUUCAUGAUCGGAAAAAUGAGAGGCUGCACUAACCUGCUGAAAGGCGACACACGACCGACUAGAGCCAACAUGACUGAGAAAAACUACCAGAAGAUCUUCUGCUCCAACAUGAUGAAGACCAACCAGGACAUCAUCCAAGAUGGUCUGACCGAACAGACGGUCGACAUCUUCAUCGAAAACAUCCUGAUAUGUGGAUUGGCUGGUUUCUCCGACUUCUACAAAGCUGAUUGGCUGCAGCACAUCCUCAGGCUGCAGGACGAGGAAGUUGGCUGCUUCGGGAGAGACAAGAGCAUCAUGUCUCAGAUCAUUGGAGACGAGCUGCUGGAACAGCUGCAGCCCCACAGGAGAGUGAAGAGGAGGGAGAAGAUACUUCCAGAUGGCUGCUCCAGUCACAUGACAGCUGUGGCUGUUGGCGCUCUGGGAGGAUACCUGAACUAUUACCUGACUGAACAGGACAUAACAAAGAGGCCGCUCUCCUGAACGCACAGCCAGCCUCACCCUGCUGCCACAGCCGGGGGGUUGUGUAUUCGGGUGAACAGAAUGUUUUAGAUCAUCAGGUAGAGACUCUCAACACAAUAUCUUGCUUUAUGAAAAUAGUCUUGAGAUGACGAAGUACUUAAAAUGCUGGGAUGUGGCUGUUUGGCACAAAAUGGAAAUUUCCAUGUUGUAUUCUAUGAUUAUAAUGAACAAGAAGUUUAAUUAUCUAUGUGCUCAUUCCUUCCUACAGCUAAGGAUGUAAUUAAUGUCACAAAUGAUGCCUGAAGAAAGUGGUGAUUUAGCAGCUCACGUGGUCUUCGUGGUUUUCUGAUCAUCACCACACUGCUGUCUGUGUUAGUUUGUGUUUCUGUUGAUGGUGACAAACAACAGGAACAGCGGUUGUCUCCUGGUUGGUAUUUUGUUGUCAUUGUA